AUGGCUUUCUUCAACUGCGGCAGAUUGGGCAGCCGUUCACUGCUAGCAAGCAUAAAUAAAGUGCCUACUGUGCUUGGUUCCGUAAAUUAUGCCCAGGCUGCGGCUGGUGCUCCUAAAAUUGUGUUCAAGAAAUUUGAACCGCCCAAGAUUGAGCACCAUGAUGAUAGAAACGCUCGUCUCAAACGGCCGAUGUCUCCUCAUCUCAGCAUCUAUGCUCCACAGCUAACCAGCAUAUUGUCUGUUACCCACAGAGCGACAGGAAUCAUCUUGUCAGGUUACUUUGGAGUGCUGGGUAUUGGAGCCUUAGUAUUGCCACAAGACAUCUCCCACUAUAUUGCAAUUAUCGAGAACCUCAACUUAUCUCCAGCUACUUUAUUUGUUGCAAAAUUCUUGCUUGCGGCACCAGUUGGCUACCAUUUUGCCAACGGAAUCAGACAUCUUGUAUGGGACAUGGCUAAGGGACUUACUAUCAAAGAGGUUUACUCUUCCGGCUAUGCCAUGCUCGGCCUGACCAUUGCGAUUACUACAUUAUUAGCAUCAUUAUAA